AUCUCACAUCUCCCCCCAGUGUGGGGCUGCAAUUCCAGUUCAGCCAAGCGCAGGAGCAGGACCUUCUCCUCCUGCAGGCUCAGCUCUGGCUCUACCUGCGAGUUCCCCGCUCCGGCCUCACCCUGAGGAUCUUCCUGGCCUCCAAAACCGGGGCUGGGGCUGGGGGCAACCGCACUCUGCUGGCGGAGAGGCGGCUGAGCACGGCGGGCAGCGCCUGGAGCUCCUUCCCCCUCCUGCCGGGGCUCCAGAGCUUCUUCUCCGCGCACAGCCGGACCCUGCGGCUGGAGCUGGACGGCAGCGAUGGCACGGCCCAGCUCAAUGCCAGCUGGUCCCACCAGCCCUUCCUGGUGGCCAAGGUGAAGGUGAGGGAGCCCGGGCACCGCGUGGCCAAGCGCAGCCUCCGCUGCAGCCAGAAUUCCAACCUGUGCUGCCGCAAGGAUUUCUACGUGGAUUUCCGCGACAUCGGUUGGAACGAUUGGAUCAUCAAGCCCGAGGGCUACCAGAUCAAUUACUGCGUGGGCCAGUGCCCUCUGCACGUGGCUGGCAGCCCUGGCAUGGCCUCUUCCUUCCACACAGCCGUCUUCAACCUGGUCAAAGCCAACAAUGUCCAGGCCUCGGGGCAUUCCUGCUGCGUGCCCACGCGGCGCCGCCCGCUCUCCGUGCUCUACUUCGACCGCAACAGCAACAUCGUCAAGACUGACAUCCCCGACAUGAUCGUGGAUGCUUGUGGCUGUAGUUAG